GCGUGGCGUUAGCAGCGGCGCCCGUAGCCGCUGGACCGUCCGUUAAAAAGGAAUCUCAGGGGCGCGAGAGCCCCGCAGCGCGUGUGAGCCUGGCCGGCUUCUGAUUGGCUAAGGCGCGCCGGCCGGCCGGCCUGCCUGCCUGCCUACCUUUUCGCUUCCCUCUCCCCCGCCCCCGCUCCUUUUCCCUUCGUCUGAGAUAAACGGGACCUUCCCGCCUCCCCCAGGCAGGAGACCGAGGAUGGCAGCGGCGGCGGGUCUGGGUCUGUCUGCAGGGAUUCCUCUCGGCUUCUCCUCCUUGUGACCGAUAUACCCAUCAGUGUAGUACCAGAGAUAACGCUUAUCCAGGACUCGGCAAUUCUCAGAUGGCUGCUUAGUGGACUUGAAGUGUUGAGACAAGUUCUGAAAAUUCAUGAGCUGAUGCAAGCAAUUCCCAGACUCCAGGUGUGAAGUAAAAAUGGUGCAAAAAUACCAGUCCCCUGUUAGAGUCUACAAAUACCCAUUUGAGCUUGUAAUGGCGGCUUAUGAAAAGCGCUUCCCCACUUGCCCAGAAAUCCCAGUUUUCCUGGGUAGUGAGAUCCUUCGUGAAUCCAAGAGUGAUGAUGGAGCCAUUCAUAUAAUUGAACGAAGUUGUAAAUUGAAUGUGGAUGCUCCUCGGUUGUUGAAGAAGAUUGCUGGAGUAGAGUAUGUCUUUUUCAUACAAAAGAACACGGUGAAUUGGAAGGAGCGAACUCUUGUUAUCGAAGCUCGUAAUGAGACCUUUGCCAGCCGUGUCAUUGUCCUGGAGACGUGCAACUACUCUGUUCACCCUGAGAAUGAAGACUGGACAUGCUUUGAACAAUCUGCAUCUCUUGACAUCAAAUCAUUCUUUGGCUUUGAAAACACAGUGGAGAAAAUUGCAAUGAAGCAAUACACAGCCAACAUCAAGCGGGGCAAAGAAGUGAUAGAGCAUUAUCUAAAGGAACUGAUUUCCCAGGGGAUCACUUUUAUCCCCCGAUGGACUCCUCCAGCAGUCAGGGGGGAAAUGCACAAGAGGACUCCCUCAGGAUGUGAUCGUGGCACUGUGCCAGCAGCAUCCCACACACAUGGAAGUGACAAAGAACAGCGAGGCAGCCCCUGCUCUUCCGUGGAGGCAUCAACUCCUGAUGCUGACAAACUGGAUGCUGAUUACAUAGAAAGGUACCUAGGGCAGUUGACUCCCAUGCAGGAAAGCUGCCUGAUCAGACUCCGUCAGUGGCUGCAAGAAACACACAAAGACAAGAUCCCCAAAGAUGAGCAUAUCCUCCGUUUUUUGAGGGCCCGUGACUUCAACAUUGACAAGGCUCGGGAUAUGCUCUGCCAGUCACUGACCUGGCGCAAGCAGUACCAGGUGGACUACAUCUUGCAAACAUGGAGACCACCGUCUCUUCUGGAAGAAUACUAUACUGGUGGUUGGCAUUAUCACGACAAAGAUGGAAGGCCCCUCUACAUACUUCGCCUUGGUCAGAUGGACACCAAAGGACUUGUGAAGGCUCUGGGCGAGGAGUCACUCCUCCGUCACGUCCUGUCAAUUAAUGAGGAGGGACAAAAGAGAUGCGAGGAAAACACCAAUCUCUUUGGACGCCCCAUUACAUCCUGGACCUGCCUUGUUGAUCUUGAAGGGCUGAACAUGCGCCACCUCUGGCGCCCUGGAGUAAAAGCGCUCCUUAGGAUUAUUGAGGUGGUCGAGGAAAACUACCCAGAGACCUUGGGAAGGCUUCUGAUUGUGCGAGCACCCAGAGUGUUCCCUGUUCUGUGGACUCUGGUUAGUCCCUUUAUCAAUGAGAACACUAGACAGAAGUUCCUCAUUUACAGUGGAAACAAUUAUCAGGGACCUGGAGGGCUUGUGGAUUAUCUUGACAAAGAUGUGAUUCCCGACUUUCUUGGAGGAGAAUGUAUGUGUAAUGUGCCUGAAGGUGGCCUUGUCCCCAAAUCACUCUAUCAAAUGGACGAAGAACCUGAAAUCUCUGAUCAUAUCCGUCUCUGGACAGAAACCAUCUAUCACUCUGCAAAUAUCUUCAAAGGUGCUCCCCAUGAGAUAGUUGUGGAGAUCUUGGAAGGUGAAUCAGUGAUCACCUGGGACUUUGACAUUCUGAAAGGAGAUGUGGUGUUCAGCCUCUUCCAUUCCAAGCGAGCACCUGAGAUUAACCGGAAGGAGCCUACAAUGUCAAAUGCUUUGACUGCUGGAGAUAAUGUGCAGCUAAUUGGCAAGAGCUGGAUCCUGGGGGUGGACUAUAGCCGUGUGGAGUCCCUGCUGGUCUGUCGGGAAGGCGAGAGCAUCCAGGGUUCACAUGUGACUCGCUGGCCUGGCUUUUAUAUCCUUCAGUGGAAAAUGCACAGCCCAACUGCUUGUGCUGGGACCAGUCUCUCUCGCGUUGAUGAUGUCUUGGCUACGCUCCAGGUUUCCAACUACAAGUGCAAGAUCAUGUAUUACUAUGAGGUGCUUGCAUCCAAGGAGUUCAGGGGGUCCAUGACAAGUCUGGAAUCUUGCAACAGUGGAUUUUCACAGCUCAGUGGAGCAACAACAUCUUCCAACCAAUCACAGAGCAGCUCUCUAAUUUCUAGAUAACAUCAUUUAGGAACGUCCUGAAUGCUGGUCAAUAAGCUGCUAAUCUAAGAUGCUUUCUUCAGGUCUGCCCCAUAGAAUGAGCCAAGGAGACCUGUGGCUGAAUGAUAGUGCCUAGGAAUGGCCAUCCAGGGGAGCACAAGGAACGGCAGUUUGGACACAAAGAUGUUUCUGGAGAGCUGCUUGAAACCCUUGCUGUGUCAGGAAUAGACCUGCAGCUUCUAAACCUUGAAGACUGGUUUUCCUGGAUUAUGUAUUAACAAAUCUGUGCAUUAGAUUGCAUAUCACUUUUGCAUGAAUUGUACAUAAUUCUUAGGGUUUACAGGGCUCAUUCCAGUCAGCUUACCUCUACAUUAAUGUAGAGCUAUCUGGUGUUGCCUUACCUAUUAGGACCUGUAGAGCUGUCUUUUACAUGUAGCAAAAACUAGUUUACUUUCUUGGGGCAUCAACAGUGCCAUUUAUGUUUUCACAAGAUGCAAAAGGUGCCUCGGUAGCAGGGAUUAGAUGCAAACUGCUAAUAUGUACAUAUGUAGAUGGGAUGGGGGGAUGGGAACUGGAUUACUUCAAGUAGGAAAGGUAUCUCAGUGGUUAGAUACCUAGAUAUUGCUAGCUAACGUGCUCUGGCAUCCCUGAGAGACCACAAAAACAUACACAAGUUUUUCCUGCAGUGGACUGAAAUAGGUUCUUACUUAAAGGGGUAAGCGCUGAUGCUUCCCCAUCCCCUUUUUUCUCUCAGGUCUAUGAGCAAUAAAUGAGUAGAUCUCUGCCCCACUCCGCUCUCAGGGUAGGAAGUGAAUUCCAUUACAAAGGGCUAAGCAAAGCAAUAUUUAAUUUCUACAGGCACAAAACUCUUCCACAGUGUUGAAAAAGCUAUUACUUUUGAAAGCAGGCACUAAUCCAAGUUGGGGUGGGCACUUUAAGUGUGUGUGUGUGUGUACAUGAAUGUAUGAAAUUUCCUAUUUAUUCAGACAUGAUUAAGGCUUAAAUUAAUAACUUAUUUGUAUCAUUUUAUAGGUACAACUCAAGUAUUUAUUAUGGAAUAUGCCCUCUCUUUUGUGUGCUCAACUUUUAGGGCUAAAAGGGGGGUUUCUGAUCAUUUUCAGCUUUGUAAGGCUGUUUCACUGAAACCUAAUGUUGUAACUGGAUAUUUUGGAGCACAAGACUGCAUUAUACAGAAUUAACUGCACAGGUCCCCAUAUAAUCUUUUGAAUUUUAAACGGUUGUGGCCCAUUGUAACUGGGAAACUGCUCUGGUGGAUAAGGCCUUGAAUGAUUAAGGACCUUGACUUUGUAAGUUUUAGAUAUUCUGAAAAGAUAUCACUGGGGACUGCACAAACUUCAGGGUGGAGCGGGCAUGGGUUCAAAGAGAAUGAUUUUUGUGAAGUUGCAUACCCAUGGAAGGAAAGGAGUGGUAAAUGUUGGGAUACUUCUGACUAAGCAUGAGACACGAGUUCUCACUGACAAGGUUUAUUUUUUACUUCCUGCUGCAGAUAGGGGAUAAGUAAGGAAACAAAUCAGCUGAGAUUCCAAUGGCUUUUGAUUGCUUGUGUGUCUGCUCAGAGGUGCACAGCAGCAUUAGGGAGAGAGAAGGAAACCAACCAGGACCAGUCACUUCAGCAAAAUGCGUCACAUUAUUGCUGUUUCUCUGUGCAGAGGGACUGCAGGGAAUUAGUUGCCCAAGCUUGCCCUGAAAGCCUUGUUCCCAGCAGUCCCUUUGAGGAAAUGGCUGUAAUGUGUAAGGAAUCUUUUUGAUUGUUUUAUACAUUUAAAGUGCACCCCACCAAGAAUCCUGGGAACUGUAGUUUAAGGGUGCUAAGAAUAGUAGUUAUGUGAGGGAUAAACUACACUCACCAGGAUUCUUUUUGUGUGUGUGGGGUGUGUGUGUGCUUUAAAUGUAUGGUAUGUAGACAGCUAUACCCCAUUGCAGUUAUACCCCACUAAGCAGAAAAACAGCCCGUGGAGAAAGGGUUAAUCAUGUGCACUCACAUUAGUGUUCUUUAGGUCCCCUGCGUCUGCUUUAUUCCAUUUUCUUGUGUGUGUAACAUCUACUCUUGCCCUUAAAGCAAAUUCUAAUCGUGAUUGGAACAAUGCUGAAUAAUGGGCAGUCUGAGAUGGUUCCAAUAGUGUUCAUGUGCUACAUUCUCUUUUUAAAGCAAAAUAUGGCUGCUUUCUCUGUCUCUGGGGCUGCAUUGUGAAUGACAUAUCUCAGAAAUGUCAUAGUAGAAUGUGGAGGAAGACCAGAAUAGCUUAGGUUUCCCAUGAGAAUGAAGAGGGUCCUAUUUUUUAAGUAGCCUUACUGUGACAUGGGUUGUGACCUGCCUUAACUAAGGUCAACACGCUUCUUAAAAAUGAAUAAAUAUUUGGGCAUGUUUGCCCAAAUGGGUCCCAGGAGAUAGUUUGGGGGCACAUAAUGCAGCAACUUUGCAGAAAUUAAGUGACUCAAGAAAUUCUCAUUUCUGUGUCUGGGGAUUCAAAUGGAUAGGUUUUGCCUGGCAACUAGACUAUUCUAUUUGUGGGUUUAGUAGAAGGCUGAGGAGCUAUUGCAAGCAGGUGUUUUUUCUGAAUUCAAAGUGUCAGGGUAACCCUUACAAAGAACUGUACCAGAACUUGGGGUUAUCUAAUGAAGUUGAUCAGUGGGAGGUUCAGAGCAAUUGACUCAUGGAAUUCAGUGCUGCAUAAUGUAAUGGCCACUACUUGGAUCAGGGGUUUCCAAACUGUGGUCCAUGAGCUCCAUUCAGGGGGUCUGUGGUGUGUCUGUAAAAAUACAGUUAAAAAUCUUACAGCCUCUAGCGCAGUGCAUUACAAUUGCUACAACAGGCAUAAAAAUUAUUGGUCCACCAAGACCCUCAGCAAUUUUCAAGUGGUUGGUGGGGGGGGAUUUUGGGAACCACUGACUUUAAACUUUAAAAUGAGAUUAGAUACAUUCAUGGAGGGUACAUAUAUGAAUAGCUAUAUGAAGAAAGGUGGGUAAAUUGAAAUAAUGAUAAUCUCCAGAUUCAGAGGUGGUUUGCCAUUGAAUGCCAGUUAGAGAGCAACAGCAGGAGAAGGCAGUUGCCUUCAAGGCCUUGUGGAUCUACUGAGGCAUCUGGUUGGCCACUGUGGAAAACAGGAAAAGAUGGUCCUUUGGUGUGAUCCAGCAGGGAUUUUAUGUUUUUCUUAUUAGUCUUAGAACAGGGCUAUACGAUAUCAAAAUAGCUGAAUUAUGCUGGAGGAAUCUUAAAUUAUCUAUAUUGGGCAAAUUUGCAAGAACUUAAAUUAACAUGCAGAUUUAUGGCUAUGAUAACCUUUUUCGCCAUUCAACGUUUGUUGGCAAAAAGCUAGGAGCGAAUGGGAGGAGAUAUGAAAGGGAAGCCAUGAGGGAGUAGUGAUCAUGGGAAGGGAUGGUGUGGAUACUACUUUUUCUUUCUGACUACCAGAAGUUCUGACCCAAUUCCCCUUCCACACCUCACCUUUAGAAGAUGCUGCAUCCACAUUUUCCAACUUUAGUCUGCAAACACAAGAACUAUGACCUUAGGAUUUUGUAAGUACCAGCUAUUGAGAAUCUAGAUUCUGUGGUGGACAGCAGUUUUCAAGUUUGCAUGGAAUGAAGCCUUUUUAAGAUCACCAGCCAGAGUUGAAUUUGGUUAUUAAAUAUUUGGUUUCUUCCAUUGUUUUGAGACCUGAGUGUCAUGGCUUGUUGGGGGGAGUGGGGGGAUGUGUUGGUGAAAUGGGAUAGAGUGCUAUUGUUUCAAACUUGCUUCCUUUUUGCGCUUUGCUACUCAAAAGCAUAGGAAUGGCACAAAGAAUUGCAUCAUUUGACUCUGGUUUCCUGAAGAGUUAGUAGUUUGGGUUCGUGGAGGUGUGUGAGAGGCUAGAAGCGUACUAAUACACUGAUCAGUAGCUAGUUCUUGAGCCAAUUUGAAGAAAGGACUGAGGAUCCUAUCCUGUCUUAAAAGGUUUUGCCACCUCAUAGACAUAGCCUCCAUUCUCCUUCACAUACCCAAAGAAGCACACUUUGUUUUGCUGAGGGGCCAGAAGUAGCCCUUGCUUGGGAUGGGGACAGCUUCAGUCUAUGGGCCACCAGGUGCUGAUCCCUAUCUUAGUAUGUUGAACUGAAGUGCCAUAGUCAUAGCCAAUGUCUUUGAUGCUAUUCAGCUAGAUUCCUCCUCUUUUCACGUAGUUGUGCCAGUUGUUUAAACCACUAUACUGUGACCUUUUUAGUGCAAAAAUAAUAUUAAUAUAGAUAAUAACUAAUUCUGCAUGGCCUGUGGCAAAGGUUAUCUUAAGGGCAUUUUACAGAGUACCGUAAUAGAUUUGCGAAAGCUGCUAAAACUAUCCCCCCAAAGGGUAACUAUCAGUAUCAGCAGGGGCUAAACUGGUUCCAGUGUGACGACAAAUCACUUUAGUGGCACUUAAAAGUCUGAGCUGGUUACACGGGAAUUCUGAAAGUGCAAGGCUAAUAUAAUGGUUGCUGCUGUUGUUUACAACAGAGAUUUAUUCCUGUCAGCACAAAACAAAAAGGUUUUCAGAUUGCUAUUUGUAUACAUGUUGGUGAUCAACAAAUGUGAUACAAAUGUUAUGGCAGUGACUCUGUCAGAAGCUGGGUAUUACUGAUAGAUUUCUGUUCUCCAUUUUGCUGUAACUUCAAAUGGAAAAAUAAACUGGA